GACCCUGGAGAACCUAGCUUUGAAAUUCCUCAAACAGUAUUGCUGGGUGUAUGAUUGUGGUGACCGACAGGGUCUCCUGAACGCUUACCAUGAUGAUGCCUGCUUCUCCCUGACCCUUCCCUGCGACCUGGAGGCUCGAGCUUUAUCCAGCUUGGGCAAGUACUUCAAAGGUAGUUGGAAUAUGAAGAAGGUCAAAAGCCCCAUUCCGCGGACUCAGCUGCUGAAAUGCACCAAAGGGGAGAUUGUUGACUUUCUCCGUGUGUUGCCCCCAACCCAGCAUGACCUCAACUCCUUCCAGAUGGACACGUGUGUCUACAGGAAAAAGAUAAUCUACUUUUCUGUCAAUGGGCAUUUCAAGGAGGUAGAGGGGAUGUGUGAGGCGAGUGUCUGCACCUUCACCAGGAAGUUCAUUUUGAUGACUGGCAGCGAUUCCAGCUUAUGCAUCAUUAAGGACCAACUGUCUGUGACUGAUGUGAGCCCCAAAGAAACCCAGAGUGGCUUCUGCACCCCGGGGCCCAGUUUUGGGGUUCCCCCUUCCCAGGAGCAGCAGUAAAUCCUGCAGGCACUCUGCACGCAGUCUGCCUAUGACUGAGGUCCCAAAAGAUUGCUUCAUGAAGUGACCCGAAGUUCCUACAAUGAAACCCAUAAGCAAGCAUCCUUGUCAUGUCCCUGCUUCCUUUGGCCAUUGUUCUAUGCAUUUGUUCCACCCAGUUUCACUGUUUCUUUUAAAAAUAAAGAGUGAUGUUGUUUGUUAUGUUAAA